AUGACGAUCGAAUCAUUCAAAUUAGCGUUUAGACGAUUCGUAAGUAGGAGAGGAAUUCCGAGUACUGUGUAUUCCGAUAAUGCACCAACAUUUGUUUCCGCCUCACAUGACAUUCCGAAGGAAAUGAACAUUCAAAUUAAUUGGAAAUUUAUUCCGAAAGCAGCACCGUGGUACGGUGGAUGGUGGGAGAGACUAGUUGGAAUUACGAAAACGACAUUAAAAAAAGUGCUCGGAAAAUCACAAGUAAAUUCUGACCUAUUACGAACAACUUUGAUAGAAAUCGAACGGGUAAUCAACGAUCGUCCAAUUACGUAUGUGUCGUCCGACAUUCGAGAUCCAGAGCCGCUAACACCGUCACAUCUACUGCAGGGAAGAAGAUUAUCGCAAGACAACAAUUCAGAGGACAAUAAUUUAAAUGUAGAUUUCACAGAAGCAAAUAAACGUUACAACCAUAAAGUAACUUUAAUUGAACACUUUGCAAAACGAUGGAGAAUGGAAUACCUCACCGGAUUAAGAGAAUUUAAUCGCGUCGCCGGAGACCAAAGCGCACAUGUGAAAAUCGGUUCCGUCGUACAAAUCAUGGACAAUUCACCGAGAAUGAUGUGGAAACUAGCUGUUAUAGAAGAUUUGAUCACCGGGAAAGAUGAAGUCGUAAGAGCAGUCAAACUUCGGACAUCAAAUGAACUGAUUACCACGAGACCAAUUGUGAAACUGGUGCCACUGGAAAUAUGA